AUGUAUGAACGCAGUGCUCGUAAAAAUCCGGGUAAUCAUGAAUAUAGAUUCCAGAAUAGCAGCAGUAAUGCAUCCCACUCAAAUGUUAUAUUUCGAUUUGGUUUCAAUUUUGGUCUAGACUCUGGUGAGACAUCGCUGAAAAGCAAUCUACAAAUUGGAGAUGAAUCGAUAACGUUCUCAAGGAGCACCACACCCCAAACAGAAACAUUCACUACAGCAGCUCCCCACUUCAUGACUGACAUUUGGUCACAACAGAGAAAAUUAAAUGCCACGGCCAAUGACAAAUUGCAAGCUUCGCGAGAUGCUGUGGCGCAUUUGAGAAAUGAUCUGUCCGAUGUUGUUGGACGCAGCGAUUAUCUGGCAGCUCAGGUUAAAUUAAUGACCCGCUAUUUGAACAAAGCCAAUAUUGCUUUGGAAACAACUGCAGCCAAUCGUUUUCGAAUUUUAAAAGAUUUUGUAGAGCUUGUUGAUCAACUGAAAAUUCCACCAGGCGAUGAUGUUGGUGGCGAACGUUCUCUGGAUUAUGCUGUAAUGAAAAUGUCCCUGGAAAAACAUCAUCUGGUCGAAUUGCAAAAUGAAAUACUGGUCGAGGUAUUACAGGCUAUGCAGGCGUGGCAUGAUUUUGUUAAAAAUAAAAUGAUUGAUGUAUCAAUGGUAUAA